GGAACCUUGGUGCGGUAACGCCAAUUUCCGGCGGGCUCCUUAGAGUGGUGAACAGCUUUGGGCCGAAGGACCAUGAGAGGGCCGGAGCCGGGUCCCGAACCUACGAUGGAGGGGGACGUGCUGGACACGCUAGAGGCGCUGGGGUAUAGGGGACCACUGUUAGAAGAGCAAGCCCUUACCAAGGCAGCUGAGGAUGGACUAUCUUCACCUGAAUUUUCAGAGCUCUGUGUUUGGUUAGGCUCUCAAAUAAAAUCAUUGUGCAACUUGGAAGAAAGUAUCACUUCAGCUGGGAGAGAUGAUCUAGAAAGCUUCCAGCUUGAGAUAAGUGGUUUUUUAAAAGAAAUGGCAUGUCCAUAUUCUGUACUCAUAUCAGGAGAUAUUAAAGACCGUUUAAAAAAGAAAGAUGACUGUUUGAAACUUCUAUUAUUUUUAAGUACAGAGCUUCAAGCUUUACAGAUAUUACAGAACAAGAAACGUAAAAAUUCUCAAUUGGAUAAAAAUAGUGAAAUUUAUCAGGAAAUUCACGCUAUCUAUGACACCCUUGGUAUUCCUAAGUCAACAACUUCUGACAUUCCGCUUAUGCUAAGCCAAGUGGAAUCAAAGGUGAAAGAUAUUCUCUCAAAAGUCCAGAAAAAUCAUGUGGGAAAACCACUGCUGAAAAUUGAUUUAAAUCUGGAACAGGCGGAACAACUGGAAAGAAUCAACGAUGCUCUUUCCUGCGAAUAUGAGUGCCGCCGGCGGAUGUUGAUGAAACGAUUGGAUGUUACAGUGCAGUCCUUCGGAUGGUCUGAUAGAGCAAAGGUGAAAACAGAUGACAUAGCAAGAAUUUAUCAGCCUAAGCGUUAUGCUUUGUCACCCAAGACAACGAUUACAUUGGCACAUCUACUUGCUGCUCGUGAAGAUCUAUCCAAGAUCAUUAGAACAAGUAGUGGCUCUAGCCGGGAGAAGACGGCAUGUGCCAUUAAUAAGGUGCUGAUGGGAAGAGUGCCUGACAGGGGAGGACGGCCAAAUGAAAUUGAACCACCACCCCCUGAAAUGCCACCUUGGCAAAAGAGACAAGAAGGCAGCGGAAGGGGUGGGUGGGGAGGUGGAGGUGGUGGUAGAGGAGGUGGUGGGGGUGGAAGAGGUGGCUGGGGAGGUGGUGGAAGUGGGGGAGGUGGUAGCAGAGGAGGAGGUUUCCAAGGCAGGGGAGAUUAUGGUGGGAGGGGAGAUUAUGGUGGAAGAGGGGGCUACGGUGGAAGAGGGGGCUACGGUGGAAGAGGUUAUGGAGAUCCAUAUGGAGGGGGUGGUGGUGGGUAUAGAAGAUAUUAAAAACUACAAAAAUUAGCAAUGCUUACUUCUUGAGAGAUACAUUAGGCAUAGUAUUCAAAAUAACAUACUUGAAUGUCAUCUUUGAAGUAAACACCAUGUUAGAUUCCCUAUGAUACCAUUCUUAGUUGGGUUAAUAUGUAAGAGCAUUGUUUUAUACAACCAUUUGACUAUCCCUUAGACAUAGUGAUGAUUUUUUCCCCAUAUUCUGUGUACCCUUGAGCAUGUUAUGUCUUUUUAAAAAACAAAAACAAAAAAAUGAGCAAAAACUAUUUUUUAACAUGUAAAUAUUUAUUAUCAUCAAACUUGGAAAAUGGAAAGUAUUUUAUUGUCAUGAUUGAAUUUAGAUGUGACCUGUAUUUUAUUCAGAUUUGCGAUACAUAAAUGACCCCACUUGUUAAUUAGACUGUUGCCUCAUCUGUAUUCCUGUAGCUAGCUGUGUUUUGUUUUUUAAUUCUACUUUACAACAUAGAGAAAGAGACUGAUGGUUUUGUUCAAUAGGUAGUUGUCAUGACUUGUUUUCUCUAUUAUAAGAAGCUAUUCCUCUGACCAGGUUUCUGGUAAAGUUCCAUAAAUUGAAGGCUGAGUUUA